AUGCCGGCCCCCUCCUGUCUUCCACCAUUCGACAGCUUAGCUGCUCAAACUGGCAUGUUUGAGCUCUCUAACAUUCUAACUCAUGUUAGAUGGCUCGAAUUCUUCAUAAGGCUCAUACCGAUGGAGAAGCUCCGUACUGAGUUGUAUCUUUUGCACUUCGUACUUAAAGGUAGAGUCUAUUUGGGUGAUAUUUGGCAAAUAGUCGGAGGACGUAUGUUGGAAGCGCAGAGGGAGGAAUCACUGCGAAGUACUGUUGAGGAUCACUCAAACCGCUGGAGUAUAGAGCGAGAUUUCAUGGAAGAGAAGAGAGAUCGUUGCCAGCUGGAAGUGUCUCUGUGCAGCCAGGCCAUCGAUCAUGUAGAGCAACGCUGGGCCAUGCGUAAGAGAUUGACUUGUCGAUGCGUCCUAUUGCGGUGGCAGUCAACAACGCUUCCUAUUUCUCAGCGACUUCACGACAGCGUUAUCGAACCUGUCGCUACUUAUUCGGUAGCUGCGCGGACCAAGUGUGAAACUUGGUUAAGGAGGCAAACAACCGACCCCAUUCCACCCAAAAGCAUCACGUUAAUCGAAACUAGCUUGCCCCUGUUCAGCUCGCCUUCGGCUAUUGGUCAAUUUGCCCUUGCGCAUCUUGAACAACGAAUGCAGGUCACCGUUAAUUCCGAUGACCCUUCGUUCAGUCUGCGGAGUACCUGGGUUACCAGGUGCCUCCAAGAAGCCUUCCAAAAGGCACGCCAAGUAGAAUUGUCCACACAGACGGGACUGAUGUCCUCGUACCUUGAUGUUGGAGGAUACCAUAUGCAUCAUCGCAGUACUCAAUCGGAGCUAAUUUUCCUGCGGGCAACGAUGCGCCGUGCCCAAGCUGAGGCAGCUGUUUAUACACUGGCCCUUGAAAAUUCCCCUGCGUCAACCUAUUCUGACAGCGAUUCAGAUUCAUCACCUCGCCCAACUCUCCCACAGCAUCUACCAGAAGAAGUGCGUCGCUACAUGGACUACAUUGAUACCGUGUCGAUUAAUUCUCACACUGACACUGACUUAUUGUAA